CUUUAAAUUGAAAAGAAAUGAUAAAGCGGUAGUUUAAAAAUAAUAAUAAUAAAAAAAUUAAAAAAAAUUCUGGGAAGUAAUAAAAUAUGAAAUAAAAAAAAAAAAUACAAACAAAAGUUUGAAGGAUUACUUAAAAAGGAAAUGCUAUAAAGACUAAAAUUAAAUACAAAAAAAUCAAAAUAUUUAAAUAUUAAUUUUGAAAAAAAAAUAUUUUUUUUUAAGAAAAUCAAAAACAACUUUAUUGUUAUUUUAAGUGUUAAUAAAAGUCACCUUUGACAGUGUUAUAGUAAAUGUUAUAAAAACAAUCAUUACUUUUCAAUUAUAAAAAUAGUACGAGACUUUUCAAAAACAAAACCUGGUCCUUUAUUUUUUCGGUAUAACGGUUUCGUUUCUAAUAUUUUUACGCGCGAGUGCCUGCGUGUGCGUGUUUGUUUAUGUUUUUGUGUAUAUACAAAAGAAUAAAAUAAUAAAAAAAAAACAAAACAAAAAUAAACAAAAUUAUAAAUGUCUACUUUCAUAAUAAAUAGUGUAAUCAAAUAAAUGUGUUUAUAUAUUUGGUUAAAAAAUAUCAUUAGGGAUUUAUAAUGGAUACCAAUGCCAACCAUAAAGCUAAUGGAGUUUAAGCAACUCUUUUCUAAUUAAAUGCAAAAAGAAAGGGGAAAUAUAAAAACAGCUUACAAAAGAAUCCUGUAAUCAAAACCAGAAAGCAGUUAAAAAGUGUACGCAAUUUUUUUCAAUGAUGUCAUUUCUAUUACAAAAAAAAAUCCUGAAAAAAGUGUUAAAAUGUUUUAAUUUUAGCUUGAAAAUAAUGAAAAAAUAAUUGAUAAAAAAUGAUAAAAAGAAUUAGCAACGACUGAAUUGUUUUUAAAUGAGUGUAAAGAAUUUCUAAUUUACAAAAUAUGAAAAGUAGUAAAGAGAUAAAGUGAAUAAAAAGUAACGAGUUUUUCAGAAUAUAUAUUUCUUCUGUUGGAACUCAUGGAUAAGUGUAGCUGUUUUAAGGGAUCGUAUUACAAUGGAAAUGGAAACAAAAUUGGAUUCACGCCAAGGACAAUUUCCGGCCUCAUUUCCGGAUACGUUUAAGAACUUUUUUGCCAUGAUGAACGAAGAUGAGGAUCAUAUGGAUUUGUUUUCUAACUUAUUGGAAGAUAAGGUAAUACCAAGAGCAAAUAAAUUUCAACAACGACGUUACGGUGGCAGUUUACGUUGCACUACAAAUCCGCACCGAGGGCAAGGACUGGAGGGAGAGCGUGAUGGAGGUGGAGGUUUAACAACUGCUGGAACUCACAAUGUGGGACGCUCAAAUUCUUUUAGAUUCAAUAGACCACGUAAUGCAUUUAGUACAUCCUCCAGUUCAGGCUUAAACAGUUUGGGUGUAGUGGGCGGUGUUAGUGCGGGUGGUUUGGUAGGUGAACGUACAUGCAGUGCCACAUUAAGCAAUAGCAAAUUGAGUGGCAGUAGCAGUAGUUUAUUGUGUAAACAUAUUAAAUAUUGUUGUCUUCACCAGCAGCAACAGCAUCAACAGCAACAGAAGAAUUUACAACAGACUAUACCACCUUGCAGCCAACAACCACAGCAUCAUUUGCAGCACCAACAACAACAGCACCAGCAAUUGUUUCAACAACAACCCUCCGCACACCAACAACAGCCUUCAAUACAUUAUGUUCAGAAAUCCUAUCAUCCUGACUACAACAAUAGCAACAAUUCCCCACAAAUUCCUAAUGCAACUUGUACCCACAACACGAACAACUGUUGCAGUAGUUUAACAACAGCUGGUGCAGCAACAGCAACAAAUGUCACCAGUACACGUCUUGGACCAGAUGGCGAAGAUAAUGCAACGAGUGGUAUGUUGAAUAAUGGUCUGGCGAAUUGCUUAGCCAAUGGCCAACUUCAUCAACAUCAUCAACAACAACAGCAGCAACAUCAUCAUCACCAACAACAUCAACCAUCAUCGUCUUCAUCAUCUUCUUCGUCAUCAAACUCUCAACAGAACAACAAGCAACAACCACAAAAACGUCAUUCAAUUAUAUUGGAACGUGCUUUUGACUUUGACAGCGAUCGCAUUGCUUUAGUAAAAUCACCCGUGACGCAUUCGAAACCUUCACGCAUGAAUUUGAUACCAGUUGACACAGGUGGUGUUUUAACAUUUCAACAAGCCAUGUCAGGUGCUGUUUCACCUCAAUACUCGGCAGCCACCUCACCCCUUUAUGCACCCAACUCCAUGGUUGGUAGCAUUAAUAGUCACUUGCCCUCAUCAGCCUCUGCAGCAGCUGUUGCUGCUGCCAAUGCCACAAACUCAACAGAACUUGACAUGUUGCUCGAGGAUACAACAUCAACAGCAUCACCUACAUCAACAGUAUGUUGUGGUGAUGGCAGACCACCGAAUGGACCAUAUGUUGCCGAUACACCGACUGGAGAUUGUAGUGGUGGCAUGAGAACUAGAAAUGACCACCAAUUUCCACAUGCAGAUGGUGACUUGGAUUCACCUACUGCUAUGCCCCAUGAACGUAUAGCGGGUGUUGGUUCGAGUCUUAUACAUGGCGGCAGUUCAGCAACGAUUGCUCAAUUGGGCAGCAGGCAAAGGCAACGUAUGCGUACUUCUAGCAUGCCGGCAGAGAGUAGAAAGCCCCGUUUAGCUGACACCCGCCGACAAGCCAUCCACUGUGCUGACUUGGAUUUGGAAUACUAUCGAUUGCGUAGUUUUAGUAUUACUUCACAUGGCGUAUGUAAUUUGGGAGAUUCUUUAAGAAGCCGCAGAUCUCGAUCGAUUAAUUCGGUAACCUCUACUGGUACAUCAAAUAGCGGUAAAGAUAGACAUAAUAGUAAUGCUUCGCGUACAUCUGGAGAUAUUUUAUUUGAAAGUGAUAAAAUAAAUGCAAGUCAGGGAGUAGGUGGUGUUGCUGGCAAUAUUGGUGGUAAAGCUCAAAUACCCGUGUAUAAAAUUGCCAUGUUGGGAGCAUCCGGUGUAGGAAAAACAACAUUAACGUAUCAAUUUACAACAUCCGAUUAUAUUUGCGCCUACGAUUUAAGUUUGGAUGAUGAUUAUGGACAAAAAACCGUAUCGGUUCUGGUCGAUGGCAUAGAGACAGAUUUGGAAAUUAUUGAUCAUCCAGCCUGCGAAAUGUCGGCCGAAGCAUUCUGUUCCACUUACAAUAUUGAUUUAUUUGUGGUCGUCUAUUCUGUGGUGGAUCGUUCCUCAUUCAAACAGGCGGAAAAGAUUCUACAAUAUUUAAAAGAAAACGAAAUGUUGCUAACAAGAGGAGCCAUUCUCGUGGGCAAUAAAACUGAUUUGGAAAGACAUCGAGAAGUGAAUAGGCAAAUGGCGCGUAAAUUGGCCAAAGAAAUUGCGUGUAAAUUCAUAGAAACAUCUUCCGGUCUGGAUCACAACGUCGACGAACUUUUAGUAGGUAUUGUGGCACAAGUCAAACUAAAUCCCCAACGUUUACGCAAUCUAAGCGAAAAGGAUAGACAACGUUUGAACCUGCAGAGUACAAUACAAAAACACAGACGAUUGUAUGCACCACCCCGACGUAUGGUGCGACAAAUGUCCAUGUGUCAAGCAGAAGCAGAGGAUGGUGGUGACUACACCAAUGAGGGAGACGAUGAUAAUGAAAAUGAAUUGGUGCAUGAUGAAAAUCAAUCAAACAACAUUAUGCUAACCGGAGAUGAGGGCAUUGGUACGGGUAGUGAGCGAACAGCUAGUACAAGUUUAUCCUCAUCAAAUGCUGGCAAAUCGUGUGCCUCAUCCAUUGCAUCCAAGGGACCAGUUAGAAAAACCACUAAACGCACUUUGAAUUUAGAGAGUAUUUUGAAAAUGGGUGAAAGUGAGCUAGAGGAUGAAGAGGAAGCCCAAAGAUUGUCAUCGAAUAGUAGUCAACAGUAUGCAUUUAACAAUGCCAGACCUUUGAGUAAAUUUGAAUUGUUGGCCAACAAUAUGAAAACAUCUACUGGCAGGACACCCUUUGGCAGUGUUAAUUCUUCACCCAAAUCAAGAAAAUCCUAUGAAUCGAGUUCAGGUUUAGGCAGCUCUCAGACACAUGACUCUGCACAUACUUAUAAGGAAACACAUGCCGAGGAUUCUUUGCUCAAUGACUGCAAUAGCAAGACUGUAUCAAAAUUGACCAGUCGCACCAAAGUGUUUUUAUCUUCAGUAUUGCGAUUUAAAAAAGCCAUUAAUGUGGCCAAGCGUCGAAAUUCUUCUUCGUGCAGUGAUCUAUUUGUCAUUUAGGAAAAUCAUUAAAUUGCAAAAACUACAACAACAACAACAAAAUCAAAACAAUAAAAGUCUUCAAGCUAAGAAACAGACCAAGUAUUUAAAUAAAAAAAAUAUAUUAAUUAAGUUUAUAAUCAAAUUAAACCAAAAGACAUGUCCCCAUUUCUUGUUAUUGGGACAUGGUCACUGUUCAUUUCAAUUAUUAUGCAUGCAAAAUGGAAUUAAACAAAUAUUUCUUAUUAAGAAUAAACUAUGAAAACAAAAAUAAUUUUCUUUUAUAGUUAAAAUAAAAUGCAAUAAAUUAAUUUAGAUUUUAUAUAUUUCAUUGCAGAAAGCAAACAUGCAAAUUUUCAAGGUUUCACAAAAAUAUAAAAAAAGAAAAAUCAUAUGAAUUUUCCUCAAAAUAUACAAUACAACAGAAUAAUAUCCAUUACUUUUGAGAGUGUUAUAGCAAAAGGGAAUUCAGCAGUAUUUUUAAUUAAUUUAUAAAAAUUCUAUUAAAUAAUGAAAAAAAACCCAGUCAAAAACUCAUCAACAGCUUUCGAUGUUAGUAGAAAGCACUUAUUUUGUACUUCUUCGGAAGUAAUCUUUAAUUCUUUUUUAAUUUUAAAUUUAGAAAAUUAAUUUUUUGACUUCUUUAGAAGUGGUUUCAUUUACUAGCAUGAUAAGUUUUAACAUAAGGACUGUAAAUACUGUUUAUUUAAUAUUUUUGUAUAAAUUUCUUUAAUACUUUUUUAAUUACUUUUCAUUAAAAGAAAAACGCAAAAAGUAUGACUAGAAAACUAAUAUUAAAACCUCAAUUGUAGAAGUGGUAUCAAGUUAUCUGCAAUGAUUUGGCAUUAUCGAAUUCGUGCUGGGUAAUUAUUUUAAUCUAAAUCUAUCAAAUCAUUUUGAAAUUUCUGAGGAAAUGACUUUCAGUAAUAAAAUUAACGCAAGAAAUUAUACAUAUUAAAUCAUAGUAAAACAAUUUUAUACAAAAUAUAUGUACAUAUAUCAACACACAAAACAAAAAACAAUAUUUAUGAACAUGAAACCAAAUAUCUAACCGAAGGGCACCAUUUAUAAUUAAAAAUUAAAAACAUAUCGCUAUUAUAUUAAAAUGAAAUAACAAACGCAAACAAUAAUUUAACUAAAACUAAUAAUUGCAACAAUUUUAUAUUAAAAUACAAACUUUUAAAGAAAUACACUCAACAAGACAACUACUAAUUAAAUGAUCAGAAGUUAAAAUCACAUAACUGCUUAUUAUGUUUAACAUUUGAUUCUAUGAUGGCUAUCUAUUGUUUACAAAGUAAUCUGUGGCCAUAGUCAUCUAAAGAUCGAUUAAAAAUAGCUAGUUAGGUGGUGUCAACUUGUGAUCAUCAAAACCUAUAUUCAAAGAAAAUUGCUCAAAUAAUAGGAAAAUAGUUAUAAAAUUAAAUAUAAACAGAACAACGUAAACAGGUAAAUGAAACGAAAUUAAUUUAUGGAACUAAACAAAAACAAAAUAAAAUCCUUAAAAAUAAUACACAAAACAGAAGAAUUUCCAUUAUAAGUUAGUUCUAGUGCAGUUUUAGUUCAGUUCUAGUUCAGUUCUAGUUCAG